GAAGCUGCUUCAAGAGCUUCGAUACUGUAUCGAACCGGCUCCGCUGAUCAGAAGGCUUCGGCUCCGCGCGGGCUGUAUGCUGAAAAAUCGUUUGAUAAUUUCACCUUUUUCUUGGAGAACGGCUGUAUGAUUAAGCUACAAUCUUCAAUGAGUAAGCAUAUCCCACAGUUCUGUGGUGUUCUGGGUCACACAUUUAUGGAGUUUCUGAAGGGCCGGGGGGACUACUGCCAGGCUCAGCACGCUGCCUAUGCAGACGAGUGAACUGCCAAACUCUCAAAGAACCCGACGCACUUGAGCCUCCCAGAACCAGCAACAACUUGGCCUGGAUGGGGUAACUCCACCCGCUGCACACUGCCCUCUACGGCUUCCGCCUGGCCAGAAUCAAGGUGGAACCAGCCUUGUUUGUUUUGUUCCUUUUUUCUUUUGUUACAUUCCAGUGGUGAGGGCUUUAUGUUUUGUUUUGUUUUUUUUUCCUCUCCCAGAUUGUCCACCAUUUUUCAGCAGCCUUCCGGUUUUUAUUUUAGCCUUGCCAAUCUCGUUCAAACACCAGAGGAUUUGUGUUUCUGGUUGUCCGGAAGCUUCUUGAACACUUUAGUUUGAAGUUCCCGCUGAAUUCAGCUGUUUACAUUAGCGUUUCUACUCUGUGGAAGACUUUUUUUUGCUGUUGUUGUCAUCACAAUGGCUCGUAUGAACAGACCAGCCCCUGUGGAGAUCACCUACAAAAACAUGAGGUUCCUCAUUACCCACAAUCCCACCAACGCCACCCUGAACAAGUUUAUUGAGGAACUGAAGAAAUAUGGAGUGACCACUGUGGUGAGAGUUUGUGAGACCACCUAUGAUUCCACCCUGGUGGUGAAGGAAGGAAUCCAGGUUCUGGAUUGGCCAUUUGAUGAUGGCGCUCCUCCCUCUAACCAGAUAGUAGAUGAUUGGCUGAACCUGCUGAAGUUGAAGUUUAGGGAGGAGCCUGGCUGCUGCAUUGCUGUCCACUGUGUGGCAGGACUGGGGAGAGCUCCAGUUCUUGUUGCUCUUGCCUUGAUCGAAUGUGGGAUGAAAUAUGAAGAUGCUGUCCAAUUCAUUCGACAGAAACGUCGAGGAGCAUUCAACAGCAAGCAGCUGUUCUACCUGGAGAAAUAUCGUCCAAAGAUGCGCCUGCGCUUCAAAGAUUCCAACGGCCAUCGCAAUAACUGCUGCAUCCAGUAGAGCCAAACCCCCCUGAGCCACGCCAACCUCCAAAGCUGCAGAACCGUUCCAUUUUUCUCCACCAUUGUUGAAAUAUUUUCCUUCAGAAAGCUCCAUAAAGUUGCUGUGGGUGUUUUGUUUUUUUCCCCACACUUUGUGGUUUCCUUCUUUGUUUUUUGUUUUUUGCACCACCUGUUUAAAAACAAAUUGAAAGUCACCGCUGAGUUGUGGGUCUUUAUAAGAAUCAGCGAUUCCAACCCCCACUAACCCAAAGAUUUUGAUUGACCAGUUAAUCUAUUUUCCAUGGGAAUGUGCUAAUUUUUUUGUUUUUUGUGGUUCCGUGACAAAGCUGAUUAGAAAGACGUAUGCCUUUAUUCAAAUAGGAUGCUUCAUCAUAAAUGCCUUACAAUCAGAGCGGAACAAAGGCAGUCGAGGCGAAAGUAGAUUCCUGCCGGAUUUGGAAAAGGUUUCAUUUUUCUACUCUGAACAAAAAAAUAAUAAAAAAAAAAAUGGUUGCCUUUGUCUUGUGCAGGAAGUCACCCGCACUUAUUUCCUAUCAGCAACCUUUCCCUUUUUUAUGCUUAAUUGUUGCUGUAUUUGUCAAAUGAAAGUCUGAUUCUUUACAUUUCUCUAUUAAACCUUCUGUUUACUAAUUAACUGCCAUGUCCAAAAUGUUUUUUUUUUUUUUUUUUUUUUUUGCUUUGCUUCAAACUGGACUUUCAACGUCUGCAAUAUUUUGUAUGCCUUUUUUUAUUUGAUGUUCAUAACUUAAGACUUGGAUACUUGAGCAUUUUAAGUGUUUGGAAUUGUGUACUGUUAUUGUUAGGUUGGCUAUUUAUACUAUCGAUGGAUGUGUGGUUUAGUACAGUGUGCGAUUAUACAGUUGUACCUGUUCACCAUUAAAACGAUACACUGAAAAA